AUGGGGGCUAAACACAGACGUGCGGUUGCCAAGCCACCAGCUGCCGCGCCUGGAGGGCGCCGUGAUAGUAUCUUUCGCUUAAUUGUGAGAACAGUGUCUGGAGUGUGCAUGAUUGUAUUUUUCGGCUCUAUGCUCUGGUAUCCGUUCUAUCUCCCUUACACUCUAUUGCUGCUUUCCUUCUGCACAUAUUAUGAGAUACUGCACACGGCGAGUGCCUCGCUGCGUGUCCACUGUCCUCGCUCGGCAUGCUUCAUGAUCCUCACGGCCUGGUCUCUCUACCUUGCCGUGCUCACGGCAAACAUGGACUUGCCAGAGUUUUUGGGCAAGUUUGUGGAGAGGGUAGGCUCCUACGUAGUCUUCUAUGCAGCCAGGCUAUCACCCAGCCUUGCUAAUGCAUUAUUCAUGGCCUUGCGAGCAGUGCAGAAUGGUCUGCCCUAUCUUUUUAACAAACUAUACAGCUUUGUCAUCAGCACCUUCUUCCUCCUUGUUCUACUUCUUCACGUGAGGGACCCGUUCUUGCCCGUCCUGAACUUUUGUGGAUGGGUUAUGGGAGGGCUGUUUCUGACUUGUCUGGAGAUACGUAUCAUCAUGACCGUCCAGAAGGAUGGGAUGUAUUUUUAUCUUCCCUCUGUACUAGUGGUUGCGAACGACACCUUCGCAUACAUACUAGGAAAGCUGCUGGGGCGCCAUUCCUUAGUACGCGUCUCGCCGUCGAAGACUUGGGAGGGGUACAUUGGUGCCGGGGUUGCCACCCUAGUAUUUUCGCAUUUCUGUGCAAUCCCCUUGAUCGAAAAGUUUGGUGGCGAGGUAUUUAGGUCUAGGCUGGAUGCUGACGCAGCCAUGCAGGCUGCCACAAUGGCCGCAGCAGCGACGAAGGCCGCUACCCACGGUGUGUCUCUACUGGACAACAGUCAGCUGAGCCGGAUGUACAUCUGCUGCAUGCUCCUUGCUCUGUGGAUAAGCAUCGUGGGGCCAGUUGGGGGCAUGCUGGCCUCGCUUGCCAAGCGCUGUGCAAAAAUUAAAAACUUCAGCAAUUUAAUACCCGGACACGGCGGCGUCAUAGAUCGAAUCGAUUGUCACAUACUAGCAAGCAUUUGUUGCGCAUUCAUCUAUGAUUUCUUUUACGAAUAA